AGGGGGAGAGAGGUAAAUAGCCUUAAAUCGGAAGGGAGCUGCUUCUCUGUGGUCUUCCACAAGAGCUGCCUGGGCUCUGCUGGCUCAGUAAUAACUGAGUGACCUUUUCUUUUGCUGUAUUAUGUCUGGCUGGUAAGGGAUUGCAUUUUGCAGCUGAUAAAGCCCUGACUUCAUUCAACUCGGCUCCUCACACGCUGCUUUAGGAGAAGAGCUACAAAGCAGCCACUGUGCUUAUUGAACUGCCUCCCCUGUAUCGCUUAAUUGAGAAGGUAUACAAAUGCUCUCAGUCCAGCCAGACACCAAGCCGAAAGGUUGUGCUGGCUGCAACCGUAAGAUUAAAGACCGGUAUCUUCUAAAGGCCCUGGACAAAUAUUGGCAUGAAGACUGCCUGAAAUGUGCCUGCUGUGACUGUCGCCUGGGGGAGGUGGGCUCUACCUUGUACACCAAAGCCAACCUUAUCCUUUGUCGCAGAGACUAUCUGAGGUUAUUUGGCGUUACAGGAAACUGUGCUGCCUGCAGUAAGCUCAUACCUGCUUUUGAAAUGGUGAUGAGAGCAAAGGACAAUGUUUAUCACCUGGAUUGUUUUGCGUGUCAACUUUGUAAUCAGAGAUUUUGCGUUGGAGACAAAUUUUUUCUGAAGAACAACAUGAUUCUGUGCCAAACAGACUAUGAGGAGGGUUUAAUGAAAGAAGGUUAUGCACCCCAGGUUCGCUGAUCUGAUGCCACAUCAUUAAGAAUACAAAGCACUAUGUUCUUUUAUCUUUUUUGCUCAACAUGUAUAUAAGAAAUGACACAGGAACCUACUGAAUAGCAUAGAUAUAGGGAGACAGAAUGGUUGCGUGAAAUAAAAGGCGGACUGCAUCUGUAUGUAGUGAAAAUUGCUCCAGUUCAGAGUUGAAUGUUAAUUAAAAAGGUACUGUACAUACAGCUGGAUUCUUUUUGCUUGCUCUUGGGGUUUUUGGUUUGUUUGGGUUUUUUGUUUCUUUUUGUGUCAUUUGGCAUGAGAUGUUUAUUUUGGACUAUUGUAUAUAAUGUAUUGUAAUAUUUGAAGCACAAAUGUAAUACAGUUUUAUUGUGUUACCAUUUGUGUUCCUGUUUGCUUCUUUGUAUUGUUGCAUUUAGUACAAUCAGUGUCUAAACUUACUGUAUAUUUAUGGCUUUCUGUAUCUACCAGCUAUUUUAAAUGAGCUGUAUCUUUCUAGUAAAAAGCAUUAAAGAGCAAAUCCCAACCAUUAUUCUACACUUAGAGCUUAAGAAUACUGUUUACAUUAAAACUAUUUAGAAAACUAAUAACUCUAGCAGCACCUGCUGCUAAUGAUGCUAUGGUUAAGGGUCUAUCAGCACUUCUGUUAAAAGCCUCUAUUUUUCAGGGGUUAAGCAUCUGCUGUUUAAUUGAAUAGAUUUUCCUUAAAGAGCACUUUUAUUUUACUACAAAAUUUUGCAAAACAUACCUGACCGGUUUGGGAUAUAUUAUAAAAGGUGCAAAAGUUAAUGAUUUUGGGUGCUGCUUUUAUGCCCCAUAGGCAUUCAAAAUGCCUGUAUUUGAUUAUUAAUUUAGCUGGAAAUUAAGCCCUAAUGCAAACCAGUGCCUCUGGGUAUCUUGUUUUAUAUAUAUAUUAAAAAAUAUAUAUGUUUUUUCUGAAAUCAUUUCACUUGGGGGGAGGGGAACAGGAGAGGACUUCUGGUCAUAUACAUUUUUAAAAGUUCUUAAAAUUUGGGGGCUCUCUCUCUGUCUCUCUUCCUUUUUUCUUUUGUUUUUGGUUUUGUUGUGGUUUUCUUUUCUUUUUUUAACCAGGGCUUAACUCCAUAAAAUUUUCCGGGGUUAUGUCCUCAACAAACCCUGGAAAAAAAGUGAAAGUAGAAGGCACCGUAAACAGCCCCCUCUGAGGGGCUGUUUACAUGAAGGAAAUGACCCUGAGCUGACACUAGGAGAGUGACUGGUUAUUAAUUACCCACCUCCCUGAAUGCUGAAGGUAAUUUAAAUGCUGUUGUAGAUGGGACAAAACUUUGAAAUACCGAUACAGAAAGUGAGAGUGACCACACUUUGACUGCACAGGUACUUUGCUGUUCAUGCCAACAUCCUACAGCUUUGUCCUAUCAAUACUGGCAAUUAAAAUCCUUCAGACAGAGGUGGAAUCACUGCUGACAGCUACUGCUGGCAGUCAGUCUGUUUUCUAGGAGAGGUGGACCUCUGUUUUUAAAGCCAUGAAGCUAUUGCAUCAGCAGGAUGUCCCUAAGUGCUCAUGCCCCUGACAGAACUUACAGGUGUUUGGCAAAGGAAAGCAGGAUGAAUGUUUUUAAAAGUUGUUGAAUGCAUAUUUAAUUCUUUUCUGUUUGGUACUGUAAUCUAUCUUGCUGGGAAACAGCCUGCAUUUUAAACAACAUAAAGGGGGAAAAAGAAAAACAGGAAGGAAAGAGAAGAGGCCCACUAUACCGUAUGUUGCCAUGAAGCUGAGCUCAUUGCUUUUAUAUAGACGAAGAAUGCUCACCCCUGCCGAAGUUGAGUGCUGUCUUUCCCUGCUCUUCCUGUCCUGUCACACAGUUUCAACAUGUGUUUCCUGGGGAUGGGGGAAGAAACUUUGUAAUGCAGUGGGGUAAUUCCUCUAGCAUAUGGUUUGGAGUACACUGCGCAGUGGUUUGACUUAGAAAUGGAUGUUUAGUUCUAAUGACUCUUGUUACUGUGUGGUUUUGUUUCUGGCUGUGAACACUUUUAAGAAUAAGCAUGGCUCACAACAUUUGACUUUGACUCAUACAAGACCAGUAAGAUAUGCAACCACACCUCGAGCUAUUCUUGUUAAUCAGAAGAAAUAGAUCCCCAUAAUUUUUCAAAUUAAAUUUAGCCCUAUUUUGUGGACUUUCUUCCUAACCUUGAGCACAAGUCUCUCUUCCACUCCGUUCUACAGUCCCUUAAUGUCUUUGCGAUGACGAAGCAGUUGAUGUCAGAGGUACUCUUAGGCUCUUCCAAAUUUACUUCAAGUGCAAUAAACAAGUUUGUCUUUUCCAUGAAGGUGAGGAUGGCCAAAAAAAAAGAAAGGAUCAUCUCAUUUUUACUCCAGUCUCAAUAUUUUUCUCCAGCCCUUGCUGUGUCUUUCAGUUAGAAACCAGAAAGAUCUCUCUUGUGUUUUUCACGAGUAGACUGGACAGAAAUCCCUGGUUCAGAAAUAGGGGUGGGGAACAGGAAAGAGGAGACCUUGGUUCUGCCUUUGACUUGCUGUAAGCUUGGGCAAGUCACUCAAUAUCUCUGUGCCUCAGUUGACCCUGUGUGCUGAACAGGGCUAAUGCAUACACUGCUUUUGUAAAGCAUUUUUGGCUCUUCAGAAAACCAAGAGCUAUGCAUGCAAAUGUUACCAGCAGCAUUCUGGGAGAAGCAGAGCAUUCAUAUGUGCAGUAGGUAACCACAGAUCUGAGGCAGGAGAGCACCAAAAACAGCUAAGCCAAUGAAAGGCUUUGUCAGGGAAGAAGGCAAUUGCACACGAAUAGAGCUGUAAACGCCAAAGCACUCUCUCAUUACCACAAAGUGCCACUGCUCACCUCUCUAUGGUGUAAAUUAAAACAGUGGAAUGGGAAAAUAGUGGCUUAUCGUUACAUGCCAUGUUACUCACAUGUGCACACGUGUUUUGGGACAUAUGCUCAAAAUGUGGAAGAAGAGGGUGAUCAUGUUAUGGAGAAAAUAAUAGCUUCACCAUUCUAUCAAACUUAAUUGACAUAAGGAUAAAAAGAUGUUGAUUGAUACACUUGUUUUAAAAGCGCUGCAAUGGUGCAGCAUUGCUUUGAGCACUUUAAGCUCUUAUAUCUUAUUCACAUAAACAUCUAAAAUCUGUAUAUAGAGGAUACAGUAUAAAUUUAGACUUGAUAUAGGUCAUAGAUCGAUUAUACACAUUUUUCUGUAUUUCAAACGUCAAUCUUGACCCGCUGUUAA